AAAAUAAAAUUGAAUCUCUAGAAUAAAAUGUCAAAAAUUAAACUUAUGUCAAUUUAUCAUGUUAGGUAGAUUUUCCUUUCAGUUAUUGAGAAAAAUUUCAAACAAAGAAAUUAGAAUUUGUAAUUCAUCCAGGAGUUAUUCAAGGAAAGUAGGUAGCAACAGCAAUGGUCCUUACAAAAUUGUGAAACAUGAACGACCUGAAACCAAAGAUAACAGCAACUUGGUGUGGCGAGAUCCAAAUUUCGAAUUACUAGCCUCAAAUGGAUUUCCUCUAUUCCUUAGAGGAAACAUUGGCAUCGCCUGGUAUGAUAGCCAAACAACAAUCAAAACUCACCAUGAGUUAAUCAUGGAACAGUUGGAAGAUGCCGCUGACAUAAACGAUGGAAACAUGAUGUGCAGAGUUCAAAUGUGUCCGACUGUUUUACGCGAAACUGUCAAAGAUUUGUUUCCAUAUCGAACAUUAGAAGAUCAUUCAGAAUUGUCUGUGGUGACUAUAACUCUGAAGCCAAAUGUCAAGGACAUGAGGAAAAAUAAGGAAUUGGAAACUGAGAGAUUAGCUCAAUUGUUUCUCAUAGCUGCAAAAAAUAUUUGCGACAAGCUGAGAGCAUCUGGCUAUUGGGCAGACUUCAUAAAUCCCUACUCUGGUCGACCCUACUUUACUCCAUCUUCAUUGGGUGAAUUGUAUCAAACGGACGAAAAGUUCAGAUGUCUUGAUUUCCAAAUUAUUGAAAUAAAAGAUUGUAAAGUUAUAUCAACUGAGAGUAAUGCUCAAAAGCAGUUUAUUGGAAGUUUGUUUACUAGUGCCCCUUGCAAAAAAAAUAAACUAAAUUCGAUAUUCACAUAAGGAAAAAUAUGAAUUUGUGCAGAUAUAAAUAAAUAUCUACAUGUUAUUUCAGCAGAGCUGUUAAAAUUGAAGUGAAACAUGACUUUUUAAAUUA